AUGUCAUUUGCAAGAAUUGUGAAUAGAAGAGCUAUCUAUUUUCUAGGUAGUGUGGCAGCUGGUGCCACUGGUGCAGCUGGUCUAGCAAGCAGCGACUUUAACGGCAGUUUUUUCAAUGGUAACAACAACAACCCUAAAAAUAACGGCAGUAGCUGGUGGAAAGGUUUAGCAGGUACAAGUGCCGCUGCUGCUCCCGCUUUGCGUGUUGCUGAAGUAGAAAAGGGUAAGACACCUGAAGAUUUCCAACAAGUUUACAAUGCAAUUGCUAAAAAAAUAAUUGAUGACGAUGAAUAUGAUAACUACAUUGGUUACGGACCUGUCCUUGUGCGUCUAUCAUGGCACUCAGCUGGUACCUUCGAUAAAAACGAUAACAGUGGUGGUUCUUACGGUGGUACUUACCGUUUCCCUAAGGAAACAAAUGAUCCAUCCAACAAAGGUUUACAAAAUGCAAAGGCUUUCCUAGAGCCAAUUUACGAACAAUUCCCAUGGAUCUCACACGGUGAUCUUUACACUCUAGGUGGUGUCACAGCUUUACAAGAGAUGCAAGGUCCUAAAGUACCAUGGAGACCAGGUAGAGUUGAUUUACCGGAAAGUGCUACCCCAGAAAACGGUAGAUUACCAGAUGCUGAAAAUGGUGCUGAUUAUGUGAGAAACUUCUUCAAGAGAUUCGGCUUUACUGACCAAGAAGUCGUUGCACUAAUAGGUGCUCAUGCUCUAGGUAAGACCCACAUGGCAAAUUCUGGUUAUGAAGGUCCAUGGGGUGCAGCUACCAACACUUUUAGUAAUGAAUUUUUCGUCAACUUGUUGAACGAACAAUGGAAGAAAGAAAAGACCGAAGCUGGUAACAGUCAAUACAACUCCCCAAGUGGUUUUAUGAUGAUGCCAACUGAUUUUGCACUAAAGGAAGAUAACACUUACUUGAAAUACGUCAAGAAAUACGCUGAAAAUCAAGAUGUGUUCUUCGAAGAUUUCAAGAAUGCCUACAAGAAAUUACUAGAAAACGGUAUUGAAUUUCCAGAGGGUACACCAACAAUUGUCUUCAAAACUUUGGACGAACAGGAACAAUAA